CAAAUGAAAACAGUACAAUCACAUCCAUCUAUCCACGUAACCGCUUUUUCGGUUUGAUGAUCAACAAAAUAAAUUUUAAUCUUAUCUUCAGUCUUGUGUUUGUAAACAAAAAUUGUAUUGUUGUAGUGAAUCCAUAUACACACUCGGCUGUAAUUCUUUCUCGAUAUUGAUUGCGUGUAUCAAUAAAAGCAGUAAUUGGGAACAAUCUUCCAGCCAACAACAGACGUAAGUGAAUAAGACAAUGGAGUCGUUUCUCAGCUUAUUCGAUCCAUCGGAUCCAUCGGAUAAUAACGAUAACAACAACGACAGCACGUAUAGCAGCGAAAGCGAUUCCGACAAUCAGUACAACAACAAUGAGAAUGUAAAAAUUGUUAUCGACUUCGAUCAGGAUCAGCUGCCUCCCGAGCCACAGCUGGGCAACAUCGAAUAUAAGCUCAAGUUAAUCAGUCCAUCCACUCAACGAUUUGAACAUUUGGUGACACAAAUGAAGUGGCGAUUACGGGAGGGACAGGGCGAGGCCAUCUAUGAAAUCGGUGUCUCAGAUUCUGGCCAAUUGCAUGGUCUGCAUGAUAAUGAUAUGUCGGCUUCCUUGAGCACUUUGAAAGAAAUGGCACGCAAAUUAGGUGCUUCAACCACAGUAUUGAGACGAAAAUCUAUUGCCGGACGACGCAGUGUAGCUGAAGUGUUGGUGCGAAAGAUUCCCGAUGAUCAGAACAACAUCGAGGUUCGUGUUGCUGUUUUGGGCGCUGUAAACGCAGGAAAAUCGACUUUACUGGGUGUUUUGACGCAGGGUGAAUAUGACAAUGGUAGAGGACGUGCUCGACUGAACAUGUUCCGACACAUGCACGAAAUUCAAUCGGGCCGAACGUCUUGCAUAUCACACGAAAGCCUGGGCUUUGACAGUCAAGGCAAUGUUAUAAAUUAUAAAUAUAACGAAAUGAUGACCUCCGAAGAGAUCAGCGAUCGAUCUUCUAAGCUGGUGACUUUCAUGGAUUUGGCUGGCCAUAGACGCUACAUACGAACAACUGUACAAGCUCUAACUGGAUAUUCUCCUCAUCAUGCCAUGUUAGUUGUCGCCUCCGGUACGGAAGGUGUGAACGCAAUGACGAAAGAACAUCUUGUUAUUGCAUUGGCGCUGGAAUUGCCAUUUUUCAUUGUUGUCACAAAAAUUGACGUUACUCCUCCAGACACAAUUCUUAUGGAAUUAAAAAAUAUUGUCACUGCCAUGGGUGUGCGAAAAGUGCCGCUGUUAGUUACAACCGAUGACGAUAUGCUGACAGCUGGAUCACAACAGUUAAGCGAACAAAUUGUUCCCAUAUUUUGCGUCUCCAACAUAACGGGCGAUGGACUUAGUCUGGUCACCAGAUUCCUGUACGUUUUAUCUCCUGGCAUCAGCAAUUCGGAAAAGGAACGCUUGGAACAGGAACCAUGCGAAUUUCAUGUGGAUGAAAUAUUCAAAGUAUCCGAAGUUGGACCGGUAAUCGGUGGUCUAUUGGUGAAAGGCGUUGUUAUCGAAAACAUGCCGUUGAAAGUUGGUCCCUUAGCGGAUGGCUCUUUUCUGUCAGUGGCCAUUCAUUCAAUUCACCGGAACAAGGCACCAUGCCGAGCUGUACGGGCAGGUCAAAGUGCGUCGCUGGCUUUCGUACAAAAUCAAAAUCUGGCUAUGCUACGCAGUGGAAUGGUUUUAUUGCCCGAGGCAACCGACGAGGAACCGUAUGGAUCCUUCUUUUUCCAGGCGAAAGUGUCUGUACUAUAUCAUGCAACAGCAAUUUACGAAGGUUUCCAGACAACCGUUCAUAUCGGCAGUAUCCGGCAAACAGCUAUCAUCGAAGGUAUUAUGGGUGCAACAAAAAUUGGCACCAACGACACCGCUUCCGUUCUGUUUCGCUUCAUGCGCCAUCCCGAGUAUGUGCAACCCGGAAUGCGAAUUUUAUUCCGAGAAGGUUCCAGCAAGGGCAUUGGCAAAGUAACUCAAGUAUUUCCACUUAAUAAGCAAUUUAAUUAAAUGAAACGUUUUAAAGAAAUAAGAAACGAAUAUAUUUCAAGUCAUUGAUAAAAAAAAAAAAUACUUUUUAAGCCCAAUGUUGCGACAGCAUAAAAUUAUUUAUUUAAAAAACAAAGUCAGACUUAAAUACACUACUAGUAGAUAGUUUGAAUGAAAAAAACAAAAUAAAAAACUUUCAUUUUCUGUGAUUUAAAUAGUAGUUACAAAAAAACAUAUUUGAUACGGACUAGACGAAUAUAUUUUAUGUGUGAGGACAGGAAUAUUUUAAUUUUACUCUAUCGUUUGGUUGCGACCAGUGCGAAUGGUGACAUAGAAAUAAAAAAACGAAAAAUUGAAAUUUGAAAAGUUCAAACCUAGUGAAUAUAAAACUAAAAUUAUGAAUAAUAGACGACAAUUUAAACGCCAUUUUAUUGCAGAUCGUUUUUGAUAACUAAAUUUUAUUGGUUUUUCCUUUUUGUUUCGUUUUGAGGAGAAAAAUUAUUUCAUUUUAUGAAUUUUCGAUAUCCACACUCGGAUUUAGGAUUCAUAGAGUUAAAUACCAUAAUGUACAAUCAAAGAAAAAUAAAUUUCGCUUUUGAUUGAGCUAUAUAGACGAUUUGUUUUAAUUAUAUCUGCUAUCAACAGCGACGAC